AUGUACGAGGGUAAUCCCAAAACCACCUCCACCCACGCACCCGUCACCCCCUCCGCCAAGAGGCUGUCCACUUGCCUCGACGUGACGCGGCCGCUUUCCGUCAGCUCCAUCGCCUCCUCCAGCUCGUCGUCCUCGUCGUCAGGUGCGAGCAGCUGCUCCGGGAGACGGCUGCCCAAGUGCUCGGCCUACCUGGCCUCCAUCGAGUCGCUCGACGACAGCGAGGAGGAGCAGGCGGGCCGCCAGAAGGCCUCCGGAUCGCAGGGCUCUGGGGACAGCGGCGUGUGCAGCCCGCCGCCCCCACGCGCCGCCCACGUGUCGUCGCCGUGGCCGCCCCCGCACAGUCAGCGGCCGCGCUACUGCGACCCCCACAUCUCCUACAUGGACCGCGUCGUCAUGGAGAUCAUCGACACCGAGGCAGUCUACGUCAGGGACCUGCAGCAGAUCAUAGAGGGUUACCUGGAAAAAUGGCGGUCCAGCCCAGACUGUCCUCUGACUGAGAAACAGCUCGAAGACUUGUUCAACAACAUUGAAGAAAUAUACAUGUUCAACAGAGGGUUUCUUGAGGAACUAGAGCAGUGUGGAUUGGAUCCUGUGAAGGUGGCGCGCUGCUUUGUACGGAAAAAUGCAGGGUUUUCCAUCUACACUCAGUACUGCACGAAUUAUCCAAGAACUGUGUCGCUUCUGACUGAACUCAUGCGCCAGGAGGACAUAGUGAGGUUAUUUCGAGAGAGACAGGCAUCUCUACAGCACACCUUGCCACUAGGUUCCUAUCUGCUGAAGCCUGUACAAAGGAUAUUGAAGUACCACCUUCUGCUUCAGAAUAUAGUGAAGCAUUAUGUUUAUGAAGCAGAAGGCUACAGCGAUAUUGUAGAUGCCCUCUCAACAAUGACAGGCAUCGCUCAUCAUAUCAAUAAUAUGAAGAGACGUCAUGAACAUGCAGUACGAGUGCAAGAGAUUCAGAGUUUACUGUACGGCUGGGAGGGUGAAGAUCUUACAACAUUUGGUGAGCUCUGUGCUGAAGGUGCAUUUAGGAUGUAUGGUGCAAAAGCAAUGAGACAUGCAUUUUUGUUUGAUAAAAUGUUACUCAUCACCAAGAAGAAAGAAGAGGGUAUACUUGGAUAUAAAACACACAUAAUGUGUUCCAAUCUCAUGUUGAUUGAGAGUGUUCCUGGUGAACCGUUUAGCUUUCAUGUGAUACCUUUUGACAAUCCGAGACUGCAGUAUACUCUACAGGCUCGCAAUCUGGAGCAGAAAAGAGAAUGGACAAUGCAGCUCAAACGUGUAAUCUUAGAAAAUUAUAAUGCUGUCAUUCCAUCACAUGCCAGGCAGCUUGUAAUGGAACUAGGUCAGAACAGAACAGAUGAUGAGAUUAUGGCAGAUAAGAGUGCCCCAAAGAGACAGCAUUCAGCCCCAGAAUACCUAGAAAAGAGGAAGCAAGAAAAUCGGCGUAAGUCAGAAACUGGAUUGAGGUAUCGGCUGCGCAGGAGUAGAAAAUCUGACACUGGCCUCUCAUCAGAGGAACAAACUGAUCAGCACCGAGGCCGUAGAGCAUCAAGUAGCAGUCGUGAUCGCAGUCAGAGUCGAGAAGGUCUACGUUCUGUCUCCCCUGCCAAAAUUAAGGAACGGUUUGGCAGUUGGAGGCGUAAGUCGGAACCUGGAUGCUAUUCUUCAGGCAGUCAAGCCUCCUCAUCAAAGACAGAUACACCAACAAAGCUCACAGUACCACAGAAUACCAACAUAUCUAUAGAGUCAACUGAAGACAUUGGUGCUAGUAGGGAGGCUGUUAAUGAAGAUACAUCAAAAUCUCUUGAAGUUGUUGAGCAGACGUCACUUGAUAUAAGUGCUGAGAGUGAAAGCUGUGAUAGGAAACUUGAGAAUGUAGUAACGGAUACUGAUGUGCCAUUUGAUGAUAAAGAUGUAGUUACCAAUGAAAAAGAAGCAAAAACCCUAGAGGAAAUUGUGGGACAGUUACUAAUGCAAAACCAUGAAUUUCAAAAAAUCUUGAAAAAACAACAGAGGCAUGUGAGUCUUCGACACCGUUACAUGAGCUCUAAUGGAACAACAAACCCAAAAGAUGAGACAACAGAUACAGAAAAUGAAGAUGAUGGUAUAUAUGAGACAUUAGCUAUCACUUCAACAGCUGCCAGCUCAAAGCCGACAUCAGGACAGAGCUACAGAGCACAUAGGCAUGCUCACAUGCGAGCUCUACGUAAUGAACAAAAAAAUAUAUCUUCAUCAAUAAGCAGCCGAUCAAAACGUCAGAGCAUGCAUCUGCUUCAACUUGAAGCCAAAGAUUCUCUUGGUUCUGAUGCUGAUUACGUUACUUUGAAAUAUGAAAGGGAUACAAGCUGUGCUUUGCGAGAGAGUGUGGGACAGCACACUACAUUUCAGGCAAAACAUGCAGUGACAGAAAGUACCAUACCUAAUAGUAGUGGUGGGAGGAGUCCAUAUCAUACUUUUAGUGUUAAUAACCUCAGGGUGGAAACUGAUAAAACUGACAGUCAUAAAUGCAAGCUCACACAAAGUUCUAGUUACUCUGCUGAAACCAAGGAGAAAGGAAAUAGUUCUGGAAAUUAUGAUAAUCUACAACAGAUAUGGGAGAGUGUUAAAAGACAGCAAGAAGAAAUUCGAAGACUGGCAGAAAGUGAAGACACCAACAGAGAAACGAGUACACCAAAUUUGCGUCGUACGCAGUCAUUUACAUGCCAGGAGUCUCUUGGUGCAGAAAGGGAUGACCUGCCAAUAGAACCUUCAUUUCUUCCAGCAAACUCAGAAAUGUCAAUUGAUACUCUUAAUAUCCCAACACUUCCAGCAGUGUGGUUGAAACUACAAGGAGACCACCUAGCUACACCAAAUAAGAAAUCGGGGUCACUGCCUCGCAGUUUCCAAUUGAAUCAUGACAGCCCUAACCAGGCUGGAAAUUUAAGUUCCUCAACCAUGCAGAAAUUUGGAAGGACUGAAAAAGACAUUGGCAAGGGCAAUUACAGAACUAGGCUGUUUGGUCGUGAUGGUCGCAGCUGUCAUCCAGACAGGCCCUUCACCAUAGCAUCAGACAAAGCUGCUGAAAUAGACUUCGAUGACAUUGACAGGUACAUGGUCCGAAGUGGUUCUCAUAGUGGCCGCCACAGAUUUCCUGUAGGUGGUGACACAACAGAAGAAGAUAGCACCACUGAGUAUACAGCAACUCCUGAUGCAAGCCUAGAUAACCUGAAUGUGCAUCCUGAGUACAAGAUAUAUAGACCAAGUGUAUCCAAAGCAAGUCUUGGUCGAGUGUUAGGUCGGCUGUCUGGAAGGAGCAGUUCGGAAGCUCUUGAACUUGAGGUUGAGCAUGAGCGAGAGCAGCUUCUCCAGUGCGAAAGGCAUGCAAGUCGACUCGUCUAUGCUCUUGCCAGACAGUACAGCAAGACACUCAAGCAACGAAUUCGUACUAUUAUGGGAGAAGAUGCAGAAGACUGUGUGGCAACACCAGCUACUCCUGGAAAUCGCUCUCCAUCACCUGCACCAGUAUCCAGGUCAUCCAACCCACCCAUUCUGCAAGCUAUUUACAAACAGGGAAGCUCAAGCCUUGGUGCACGAAUUGCACAUUGCUCAGAAUAUGCAAAUCCACGCCAACUUUUUCCAAAUAUUCAUCAGUCUAAGCCUGCUUCCUCAAAUGGAAAUGAGGGAAGGCCUGAUUCUGUGUUGUCCGUUUCAUCCAACUUCACAUCAUCCAGUGACGGUGACAAAACUUCUGGCUUUGGAGGAAGUGUUGACACAGCUAUCACUUCUCCUAGAAUAGAUUCAGAAGCUGUGAGGCUUGGAGAAAUGCAAUGUGUAAAUAUGAAGAGGGAAUCUGAUAUGAGUUCAGAAAAGUCUGAUGAGUUGCAUCUGAGUGAUGGCUCAGGUGAUAGCUACUAUGAACGUUCUUUUGAGGCAAUUGAGUCAUUUUUGGAGAAUGAGGUGUUCAGGGACUCUGCUGUAUUUAGUGAUCAUGAAGAACUCUGUGAUAAUGCAGCUGCAUCUUCUACAAAUAAUGUACUUACUCCAGCACCUACUCCAGUUCAAAAACCUGUGAAAAUACCUCCUCCAGUUCCAGCAAAACGUCCAGCAAAACCUGUCCGUCUCACCCGCAAGAAAGCUGCUGUUCAGGAUUGUAGAAAUUCUAACACGACUCAUUCUUCAACAACUAAAUCUGCUGACAGUCCACAGGGAACAGACGCAAUUCACAAAUCAAUUCAGGAACGCAGAAAAGAAUUAGAACUUUGGCGUUCCGGUGGUACAGGGCCAGAAGACGAAUGUGACACGAGCUCUCAACAUUCAACUGCCUCAACUGUUAUUGAAGUUAGUCCUGUGAGAAGUGUGGAUGAUGUGGAAGAAGCUCCUACACCCAAAGGAUGGGUGAAACACAUUGUUGGAAAACUUCAAGGUCAAGAAGAGUCACACUAAAAGGAUUACCAUAUUAACAGCAUGCAAAGCUCUCAUUCUACAUUCCAUAUAUUUACAGAAUACAUUAUGUAUAGGGAAUGUAUAAAAAUAUUUGUUGUGGCACUUGGCUGAUGGUUAGGGCUUUAUUUCUCGCAGUUCUGCUUUAAUGGCACAAAUAUAUACUGCAGAAUCAAAAAACUGUGAUUAUAUGAAAUUUUGGAAUACUCGGUUACUAUUCCAGUCACGUGAAUUUCAUGAAUUAAGACUGAUGGUUGAUAUGCAAUUAGUCAUUAAUGGAUUUCAAUGUUUCAUUCAGUUGUUCAGUGACCCUUACAUUCUUUUGUGUGUUACUUGCAAAUAAAUAUUUCUUGUGAGAAAACAAGCAAUCAUAGAAAUAAGAAUAUAAGUUUUGUAAUAGAACACAGCAACAUACACUGCCUUAUUUUUGUAUUUAAGAGAAGGAACCAGACUCAGAAUAGUGGUUGAAAUCACUGGUGUUCUUGUACAAAUGACCUGAAAGUAUAUUUUAACAUGAAAGCUGUUAUCACAGGAAAUUUAAUAUAGCAGUUUUUAAAACAUACUUAUGAUUCAUUCUUCUUUGGAUUUAAAAUUUCUGCCCCCCCCCCCCACCCAAUUGUUUUCCUAAGCCAUGAUAAGUCAUUUGAAAUUGGUUUCGGGAGAAAGCAAUUUCUUUAAGUUUGGUGUGUUAUCUCUCAGAUAUUAAUGGAAAAAAAUGAGUAUUUGUGCAAUACUUAGGGUGAAAAAUUUCUUUCUCUAUAUUGCAUGAAGACUGUGUGACAUGUAGCCUUAUGUACUGUAAUAAUGAUCAUAAAAAAUUUGGCCCUCCGAAAUAAGCACACACAAUAUCAUUAAACAUUCACAUUGGUGCCAAAGUUGCCAAUACAAUAACAGAAUUAUAGGAGUUCUGCAAAUUACAUUUCUUCUCUAUUGAAGUUAACAUGCUGUACUAUUGAAUGAGCAUUUGUUAUCUUGAAAUUACUGAAGAGCUGUUAAUACAUUUUUCAGUGAAACUGUGUCCUGUAAAAAUGAAACAGUGUACUUUCUCAGUACUGUGUACUGCAAUAUUUAGUCAUGAGGUAGUGCCUUUUUUAUUGUAAGUUAGAAAAUCUGUGUAAAAUAAAAUUUGUAGAUUUUUAAGAAUUUUGUGUAGAUAAAACUAAUAUUUUGUGAAGUUGCUUUCAGUAAUAGUAUGCAUGCAUAUUAACAAUAUAAUUUCAAUAUGUGCAUAUAUAUUACAUUUAUAUAAGGUAUUUAAAAAUUGUUGACAAUAAAAUAAAUACCUCAAGUACUGUAUUAAUCCUGCUUAAAUAAUUUACAACAAUACAAUUCUUGUGAUAAAGCAGGAUCAUGUACUAGUAUUUGGGACCCCUGAGAAACAUGGUGCUUACUGCCAAAUGUAUAUUACCUUGUUAUUUUAUUAUUGUACCUUUACAUAUAGAAAACAUAUUCCUGUUUCACUGAUAACAAUUGUGUUCUGUAAAUAGCUCACUUACAAACAUAUGAAGUUCAUCGGGACAAGUCUAAAUCACAGUUUGUAGAUGACUGUCAUAUAUUAGGUUGACAGUAGGGAGUGAAAUUGAAUUUCAUAUCUUUAAAACAAUUUCUUGUACAAAUCUACUUAAAUUAUAAUGCAGUGAACUGUUUUUUUUUUCUUUCCAAAUAAAUGAACUAAAGCCAAUGUAAAUUUGAAGACUAUGAAAUAAACUUUUAUUG